UUCUAUCCUGGCCUCGUGUUUUUUUCUGUGUGUGUUUCAAUGUGCGCUGUACAUAUGGUGAGGAAUUAGCUUCGCAAUCAAACACUUUGCAAUCAACACUUAAAAACCAUUAAUUAUUUUUUUUUUUUCGACACCAAGUGAUUUUUGUUUCUCUGAUUCGAAAGGGGAAAAAGUACGGAUCAGAGAGAGGCAGCUAUAAAGAGCAACAGAGGUUCUGGGCCCCAAUGGAUAAUAUAGCUAGUUCACAUGGUCCAGUGAACACAGAGAAACACACUCCACAGAAAGCUGCAACCCCAGGUCAGCAUGAUGGCAGUUUGAAGAAAAGGGACAGAAAGAAGCAGAAGAAGGGUUUAGAAGUGAAGUCGAACAAAACCCCUUCUCCAAGCAGCAAAGUCUGUGAUAAUACAGAAGAGAAUGUGGUCAUCAACACGACCAGCAGCCUCGACGUGAACAUUGCGACCCCAACCAAGGUGGACGAUUUAGUCCAGGUACUUCAAGACAAGUCAAAUGUUGAGGUGAAGCCAUCUUGUGAAAGUCAGAAAGCUGAAGACAAAGCAGCGAGGAAAGAAAGACAGAGAGAAGAAUACAGGAAACAGAAAGAGAAAGAGAAGAAGGCUUUGGCUGAAGGCGGUUACUUGGCAACACCACCUGAGGGUCAGGUACAAAAGACAAAAGCACAAAUAACAGCGGAAAGACGAAUGAAACAGGAAGCACAGAGGGCGGCAAAGUUAGAGAAGCAACAGGCCAAAGCGCAGAGUACAGCAGCUGCCAAGAAAGAACCCCUUCGCGUACCAACACAUUUGCGAGCAGACGAUGAAGCCAAACAGAGGAAACUUGCCAAGAAACUAGACAUUCUUUCUUCCCACUCUAUUAACAGAUUCAAAAGCUGUAAUGUUCAUCCUGCCAUUAUUCAGCUGGGUCUUUUAUAUUCACGGGGAUUAAUAUGUGGCUCAAAUGCACGCUGCAUCAGUUUACUGCGAGCGCUUCAACAAGUUAUUCGUGAAUAUUCUACACCAACAGAGAAAGAACUUAGCCGAGAUCUGGAGCACCGAAUCAGACAUAGUAUUGACUUUUUGGUUACUUGCCGACAUCUUUCUGUGAGUAUGAGGAAUGCCAUUCGAUCUUUGAAGAGAAACAUUUCACUCAUCAGUCCCGAAGUGGAUGAAAAAGAUGCUAAAGAAAAAUUGGUGGAUUUUAUUGAUCGAUACAUCAAAGAGAAGCUAUAUUUAGCUGCAGAUGCUAUUUUCAUGAAAGCAAAAGAGAAGAUAGAAGAUGAUGAUGUAAUCAUUGUAUAUUCAGGGUCAUCGCUGGUGCGUGAAAUCUUAAUUGAUGCUAAAAAGCACAGCAAACGAUUCAGUGUAAUUGUAGUAGAUUCUCGGCCUCGAAUGGAAGGUAAGAAAACAGUAGAAGCUUUGGUUAAAAACGGCGUGGAGUGUUCCUAUGUACUGAUCAGUGCCAUUUCCUAUGCAAUGCAGAAGGCAACAAAAGUCUUUCUCGGUGCUCACGCUGCUUUGGCAAAUGGUUACAUUAUGUCUCGAGCUGGUACAUCCUUGUUGUGUAUGAUGGCGAAGGCUUACACAGUGCCUGUUCUGGUUUUCUGUGAGACACACAAAUUCAGCGAACGUGUCCAAGCUGACUCGUUUGUUUCCAAUGAACUGGCCGAUCCAGAUGACCUAAUCCACCUUGACAACCAACCUGAUUGCCUGACCGACUGGAAAUCGUACGAAUCUCUCACACUGUUGAAUCUUGUCUAUGAUUUCACACCACCCGAGCUGGUCACAGUGGUCAUCACCGAACUGGGCACCAUUCCGUGUUCGUCGAUCCCAGUCGUGUUGAGAGUGCAACAAGAAACUUAGGACCAUUUCUUCUUCCUUUUCUUCUGACUUGACUUCUGAAGAAUCUUCUGGUUUUCCUCACCUCUUGCCAGUAACUACCACCACCACCACCACUAUUACUACUACUACCUGCCUAUGUUGUCAUCUAAUUGAAUACUCUACAACCAAACCAACCUCUCUCCCUUACACCGCUACUACUUCUACUACUACUAUUACUGACAGUGAUAGAAAUAUGUUAUACAAGAGAAUUUUUUUUAAAAAAAAAAAGAGAAAAGAAAACCAAAAGAAGAAAACAACCAAACAAAACAAAUAAAAUAACUUGCUUUUUCUUAUUAAUUUCUAUAAAUUAUUUUUCAAAUUUC